UUCAAAGUUGGCGAAAUGCGUCCACUUAUAUCAGUGUAUUCGUAACAACCAUUACGAAAGUUCUAUUCGAUCAAAUAAACCUCACCUCAGCUAUGAUCAAUUACAAUUUUUGUUGACCAAAUUCGACACAUUGACCUUCAUACAAACAAAAUGACUCACUUCGUGGCGUUAUUUUUCGUGGACAGAUUUUGGGCGGAGUAAAACAAUAUCUCGCCUCGCCUCUUCCUCUCUGUCGAAGCCCACGUUUGAAUUAGAUGGCCUUGGAUGCUCUGUCUCUAGCAACCUGUUAUACGUAGCACCAAAGAUUGGCAUUGGAGUAGGAGCUGUACCAUAAUAAAGUAGGAACCCUUCUACAGGUAGUUCCAGAUCUCCAUCUCAAUGGCCCCACACCCAGUGGUGCAGGCCAUCAUUGACCUCUCAGCUGGAGCUAUAGGAGGUACAGCGUGUGUGCUGAGUGGUCAGCCCCUGGACACAGCCAAGGUGAAGAUGCAGACCUUUCCCUCCUUGUACCGAGGCUUUGUCCACUGCUUCUCCUCCACAUACAAACAGGUGGGUCUCCGAGGGCUCUACCAGGGUACCAGCCCAGCCCUGAUGGCUAACAUCGCUGAGAAUUCUGUCCUCUUCAUGAGCUACGGAUUCUGCCAGGAGGUUGUUCGCACAAUGGCAGGACUGGGAACUGAGGCUCCACUCAGUGACAUGCAAAAAGCAUGUGCUGGGUCGGUAGCAUCCAUAUUCUCCUCUCUGGUCCUGUGCCCCACUGAGCUGGUCAAGUGUCGUCUACAAGCCAUGUACGAGAUGGAAGCGUCUGGCAAGAUCGCAAAGGGCCAAAACACGGUGUGGUCGGUGGUGAAGUCAGUGAUGAAGCAAAAUGGUCCUACAGGGUUUUUCACAGGCCUGACCACAACCAUCGCCAGAGAGGUGCCUGGGUACUUCUGCUUCUUCGGGGCCUACGAGCUCUGCCGAACCACCUUUGCUGACAACAUGAAGUGCAGCAAGGAUGACAUAGGAGUGGCCCCUAUUGUGUUCAGUGGGGGUUUCGGGGGUGCAUGCCUGUGGCUGGUGGUCUACCCCUUUGACUGUGUCAAGUCUCGCAUCCAGGUCAUGUCAAUGAUAGGGCGCCAGGAAGGUUUCUUCAAGACCAUGAUGGCCAUCAUGAGGACGGAAGGUGUAAGGGCGCUCUAUUCUGGUUUGACCCCCACCAUGAUCCGCACGUUCCCCGCCAACGGAGCCCUGUUCCUGGGGUACGAGGCCAGCCGUAAGUUCAUGAUGAAACAGUUUGACAGCUGACCUGGUCCUCCUCUGACAACGAUGUCCCCCAUCUCUUUUUUUGCCUUGUCAUUUGUUCUGGUUAACCCUACUACGUUGUCGUUAACCUCCUACAACACUCCGAACUGGUUGAAAUGACCUGAUUUUCAAUGAGUUCUGGUUGUAAGUGGGUUGAGCUUUGCCCGCUGGGUUGGCCUUGGAACCCACACUCCUCAGAGUGAAGCAUUGUGGCUAAUAUUAUGUUUUUAGAUACUUGACUUUAAAUGUGAAUAUACACUGAGUGUAUAAAACAUUAGGAACCUAAUAUUGAGUUGCAUCCCCUUUUGCCCUGAACAGCCUCAAUUUGUUAGGGAAUGGACUCUACAAGGUGUCAAAAGCGUUCCACAGGGAUGCUGGCCCAUGUUGACUCCAAUGCUUCCCACAGAUGUGUCAAUUGGCUGGAUGUCCUUUGCGUGGUGGACCUUUCUUGAUACACACAGGAAACUGUUGUGCAUGAAAAACCCAGCUGCAUUGCAGUUCCUGACACACUUCAACCGGUGCGCCUGGCACCUACUACAGUACCAUUCCCCGUUCAAAAGGCACUUAAAUCUUCUCUGAAUGGCAUACAUUCACAAUCCAUCUCUAUUGUCUCAAGGCUUAAAUAUCCUUUAACCUGUUUCCUCCCCUUCGUCUACACUGAUUUGAAGUAGAUUUAACAGGUGAUAUCAAUAAGGGAUCAUAGACUGACCGGGUGAAUCCAGUUGAAAACUAUGUCAUGGACCUAAUUCUUUGUACACUUGGUGUAAGGUUGAUAUACAGGAUGCAUUUCCAGACCUGAUUUGAAACGGGAUCAAGGUCUGGGAGUGGAGUAUUAGUGUUUUUAUUUUUUUUAUUUUACAGUAUUAAUAAAAUACAUGUUAUUUUAUAAAGCCCUUUUUACAUUCGCAUUUGUCUGUGGUACGUCAGCGCAGAAUCUCAGAAUAGUCAUAAUCUAUUUCUUAAUCUGCGAGAGGGAUAUACUACAAAGCAGAAUCAAGGAGUUAGACAGUUAACUUGGUUAUAUAUUCUGAAAAAACAUUUUAUAUUUUAAAGAAAUAAGCUUCAAAUGUGCAUGGUCCAAUUGGCUCCACAAACAAAAACGCGUAUCUAAGUUUAGCUUUCUUAAAGAACCAGAAAAUGAUCAGUUAUUUCUCUGUUUAUCAAAGUUAGCAGGCUAAUGCAUUGAUCCUGCUUUGUAGUAUACCCCUGAGAUGUUACUGUUCUUUUGUGGUCUCUUCUGUCUACUGCAGAAGGGAAAUGCAUAUACACAGCUAACCGUUAUUUUCCUCCUAUUCUCAACACUCUACUGGAGUGGACUUGACCCGAGGGCUAUACCACAAAGCGGGAUCAAAGAAUUAGCCAGUUAACUUUGAUAAACAACCAGAAAUAACUAUUGCUUUUCUGAUUCAUUAAGAAAUAUGUGUUUUUGGUUGAGCCAAUUAGACCAGGCCAUUUCAAGCUUAUCCUUCUAAAAAAUGACUAAGUUAUUUCAGAAUAUUUAGGCAAGUAAGCUGGGUAACUCAUUGAUCCUUUGUUGUAUACCCCUCUGGCUUACUUGUCAUAGUGCUGGUACACUAUUGAGAGAGGCACUGUAAUAGUACUGUAUUUUCCAGCCAUUCCAAGAAAACAGCACUCGGUAUUCAAAUGCAUUUCAAUACUGCAGCCGGAUUGCCUUUAUGCCAAGUUCCCUGAAAUGUAACUCCAUUAUUCAAAUGUUCAGUGUUUUUCUGUCCUUUUUUUUUUAAUUAAUAUUGGUAACGCUUAACAUUCAGUUGCUCUUAUAGCUGUGUAAUAAUGCUGAAAUUAUUAUAGCAACAACAUUGUACUAACAUGUUAUGUCAGUAACUGCGUUAUAAUUCAUUUGAGCAGUUUUGUAAUUACAUAGGGGAGGAAUUGGGGUGAAGUGUUACCUUAUUAUUGUUUGUCUAUUAACCACUAUUCUUCACCUUGUUUGUCAUGUAAUGUUAUAAUGUGAUGUGCAAGACCAUGAAAUUCUCCGCUUCAAGUAUAAUAUCCAAACUGCCAAUUGCAAUGAUCUGCAGGAGGUAUCAUUCCAUUGUCAAAUAUUCCUUAAACAAGUCUUUCACUUUAGACAUUUUAAAUAUGCAAUAUUUAUUUCAAAUAAAGAUGCAUAUUCUAUUAUUCAUGUUCAGCAAAUUAUCAGGACCGAGUAGCCUAUUAUACUAUCCUACUGUAAAGAGUACAGUACUGUAUAGAGUAAAGAAUACUAACUGUAUAUGUUGGGGGAAAAUAGUUUUGGUAUUGUAAUUACAUGACUUGCAUUAAAAGUGUCACUGCAGGACAAAGAUGUGGGACAUCUCAUGUGCUGCAUUCAGUACUUCACA